UCUAUUGCUUUUCACCGUCUACGACCAUCGAUCGCUCAUUUUCGAGAAGUUUCAUCGGUUUUUUUUUACCGAUAUUAUUUCAAUACUUGGUGCAAAUUAAAAUUAAUUCGUUGUUUACAUGAAGCGUAAAAUAUUCCCUCACACUUGAAUCAAGUGAAGAGAAACAUGACGACAGCAUUAUAUCUGGAGCACUAUUUAGAUAGUUUGGAGCAUUUACCAAUUGAAUUACAAAGGAAUUUCACAUUGAUGCGAGACCUUGAUGCCAGGGCACAAGGAUUAAUGAAAGAUAUAGACAAAUUAGCAGAUGAUUAUUUAAAAAAUGUAAAGAAGGAGUCACCAGAAAAAAAGAAGGAACAAUUAACCCAUAUUCAAAACUUGUUUAACAAGGCAAAAGAAUAUGGUGACGAUAAAGUUCAGUUAGCAAUACAAACAUAUGAAUUAGUGGAUAAACAUAUUAGGAGGCUAGACUCUGAUUUAGCCAGGUUUGAAGCUGAAAUACAAGACAAGGCUUUAAAUAGUAGUAGGGCUCAAGAAGAGAAUAAUGCUAGCAAAAAGGGUAGGAAAAAGUUAAAGGAGAAGGAGAAGCGAAAGAAAGGUGCUGCUGGUGCCAGUAGUGAAGAUGAAUCAAAAACAGCUAGAAAAAAACAAAAGAAAGCAGGAUCUGUUGCCUCUGCUUCAUCUGCUGGAGCUGUAGGAAGUGGUGCACAAGUUGAUUCCACUGCACUUGGACAUCCAGCAGAUGUCUUAGAUAUGCCAGUUGAUCCUAAUGAACCAACUUACUGCCUAUGCCACCAGGUUUCUUAUGGAGAAAUGAUUGGUUGUGACAAUCCAGACUGUCCUAUAGAAUGGUUCCACUUUGCAUGUGUUGGAUUAACUACCAAACCUAAAGGAAAAUGGUAUUGUCCAAAAUGUACACAAGAUAGAAAGAAAAAGUAAGUCCUAGGAAAUGCAUAAAUGUGUUGAUCUAUUUUAAAAGAAAGAA